GAGUGAAAGCACUUCACAAAAUUAGAGAUCUUUCACAUCUGAGAGAGGGAAGCUGUUGUACAAAGAUUUCAGGAUUCAACAGAUCAUUAUUAGUAUUUUAUUCUCUAAAUUCCACCAUUUGAGACAAAGAUGAAGUCUGCCAUCCAGUGUAUCGUUCUCCUGGCCUGUGUUGCCAUUUGCACCUCAGCAACUAUUUUAAAGUGCCGGUGCAUAAAGGCAAACAAAGCAGUAAACCCGUCUCUCAUUGUUGAUGUCAGCGUGUAUCAACCAAGUUCAUACUGCAACAAGCAGCAAGUCAUUGUUACACUGAAAGAUAACAGCUUCCGGUGUCUUGACCCAAAUUCAAAAUUUACAAAGCAAGUCCUGCAAAGAAAGGAAAUGAAGAAUGCAGCUAAGAUGACCUCCAGCUCCAAUACAACCACAGUGGCUGUCACAUCAGUGGCAACAUCAUCAUAACACACAUUGCUGCUGUUUACUGUUGUUACAAUGGAGGGGAGUUGUGGCUGGUGCAGGCACUGUUUUUAUCUCCAAAAUGGACAAGUGAGAGAAAUGAAAGUUUAAGAGAGAGAAAAAUGAGGAAAAUCACAAUAUUUAACAGCUAGAGGUGAACGCUGGAACAUUUAGGGGACGUAUUGUGAAGAAAGAAGACUUUCUACAGGUGAACAGUUUGCUUGACGAGAGAUGCAAUGAACACUGUCUUUGUUAAAGCUCUACCUCUGGUAAAUAAGGAAAGAUCUUCAAUCUGCUGUGCUGCAGUUCUCAUAUUUGAAGCCAUAAACCCUGGUGUGAAAACAUUGUGAUGGAAAUUAAUUUAUAAAAUAUCUGCAUUACAGUGCAUAUUUCUAUAAAUGAUAUUCUGUUCCAUGUCUUUAAAUUAUACUAUUUUGUAUGUAUUUUAAAGAGAAUUUAAAUUUUUCUUGCCACAUAUUUAAUCCAUUUUGUAUGAUGCAAACCAUUGCUGUGUGAUGGUGUUAAUGAACUGAUCCAAACUGAAAAUAAUAAAGA